GCGGCGAGGCCGGGCGGCAGGGACUCGGGGGGGGGAGGGGGAAGAGAGUCCGCCCGUCCACCCGCCUCCGCUUCUCUCUCUCUUUCUCCCUCUCUCUUUCUCUGUCUCUCUCUUCCCCGCCCCCUGGCCCGAGCGAUACACAUCCAACACCCACCAGUGUCUUCCCCGCUCCCUUCCCCGUGCUCCGCCGCCCGCCCCGUCCCGUCGCUCGCUCCCUCGCUUGUUCCCGCCCCGGCCCCAAUGAGGGUCCGGGGGGCCUGAGCCUCCCCGCGGGGCCCGCCGCGUGCGGGCCGGUGUGCGGGGGUGGGAAAGCCCCCCGAAGCCCCCCCCCACCAAAGCAGGCCCCCCUCCACGCGGGUGGUGCGUGACCGGCGGGGAGGGGGGGGGAGAGAGGGACCGUCCCUCCGGCUCCCCCCCCCAGCACCCAAACGCCCGACCGGGGGUGAGCGGGCCCCCAUGGAGAGCGCCCCGCCGCCGCCGCCCUCUCCGUCCCCGCCGCCCUCCGGCCACGACCCCGGCGGCAGCAGCGGCCGGCUCGGCCCGGCGGGGCCCCACCACCUCCUCCACCGCCUCCUGCUCCCUGACGAAAGGGAGGAUGGAGAGUUGGAGGAAGGGGAGCUGGAGGACGAUGGGGCCGAGGAGCCCCAGACCACUGCCUCAGGGGGACAUGAAAGGAGCCGCAAGGACAAGGGGGAGAAGCACCCAAGCGACUCGGAUGAGGAGAAGGCCCACAGGAGGAUGAAGCGGAAGCGGCGGAAAGAACGGGAGAAAGAGAAGAGACGAGCAAAGAAGAAGAGAAAAUCCAAACACAAGCGCCACGCGUCGUCGAGUGACGACUUCUCGGACUUCAGCGAAGACUCUGAUUUCAGCCCAGCGGAGAAGGGGCACCGGAAGUACAGGGAGUACAGCCCCCAGUAUUCUUCUUCCCACCAGCAGUACCCGUCCUCUCACAAUGCCCCGCUGCCCAAGAAGAGCUACUCGAAAAUGGACAGCAAGAGCUACCCCAUAUAUGAGGACUACCCCAGUGAGCCUUUCGCAGAAUACGACGGUGAAGGGGAGGACGAGGAACUGGCCAAGGAGGACUACGAUGACUUCGCCAAAGAGCUGAACCAGUACCGGCGAGCCAAAGAGGGCAGCAGCCGGGGCCGAGGUGGCCGAGGCCGUGGAAGGGGCUACCGGGGGAGCCGAGGAAGCCGAGGAGGGUCCCGGGGCCGAGGGAUGGGCCGAGGCGGCCGCGGCAGGGGGCGGGGGUCCCUGGGCGGAGACCACCCCGAAGACGAAGAGGACAUGUAUGAGGAAGAGAUGGAGUUCGGAGACAACGAGGAGCCCAUGGGAGAUGAGGAGUACGAUGACUACUCUAAAGAGCUGAACCAGUACCGGCGGUCCAAGGAGGGCCGGGGGCGAGGGUUAAGCCGAGGCCGGGGCCGGGGCUCGAGGGGCCGAGGGAAAGGCCUGGGGAGAGGCCGGGGCCGCGGCGGGGGCCGCGGCAUGAACAAAGGCGGCAUGGAUGACGACGAUUACUAUGACGACGACAUGGGCGACGGCGGCGGAGGUGGGAGCUAUCGGAGGAACGACCACGACAAGCCUCACCAGCAGGCGGACAAGAAGGGCAAAGUCAUCUGCAAGUACUUUGUGGAGGGCCGCUGCACCUGGGGAGAACACUGUAACUUCAGCCACGACAUCGAGCUGCCAAAGAAGCGGGAGCUGUGCAAGUUUUACAUCACUGGCUUCUGUGCCAGGGCCGAAAACUGCCCAUACAUGCAUGGUGACUUUCCCUGCAAACUGUUCCACACCACGGGCAACUGCAUAAAUGGGGACGACUGCAUGUUCUCCCACGAACCCCUGACGGAGGAGACCCAGGAGCUCCUGGACAAGAUGCUAGCCGACGACGCCGAAGCCGGGGCAGAAGACGAGAAGGAGGUCGAGGAGCUGAAGAAACAAGGCAUCAACCCCCUCCCCAAACCUCCCCCUGGCGUGGGUCUCCUGCCGACACCGCCCCGCCCUCCUGUGCCCGCAGCUCCCACGUCCCCCAACGGCAGGCCCCUGCCCGGGGGCCCCCCGCCCCCGCCUCCGCCGCCGCCGCCCGGCCCGCCGCAGAUGCCACCGCCCCCACACGAGCCGCUGUCCCCGCAGCAGCAGGACAUGUACAACAAGAAGAUCCCAUCUCUCUUCGAGAUUGUCGUGCAGCCCACCAGGCAGCUGGCCGAGAAGCUGGGCGUGCGGCAUCCCGGCGCCCAGGCUCCCCGCUUCCCCGGUCCCGGGGGGCCUUCUGGGCCAAUGGGGCCUGGGCCAAACGCAGGUCCUGGGCCCAUGCACCCGGACAUGCAUCCGGACAUGCAUCCGGAUAUGCAUCCGGACAUGCACCCGGACAUGCACCCGGACAUGCACCCGGACAUGCACCCGGACAUGCACCCAGACAUGCCGAUGGGUCCUGGCAUGAACCCCGGCCCCCCCAUGGGCCCCGGGGGCCCCCCGAUGAUGCCCUACGGACCCGGGGACUCCCCCCACUCAGGAAUGAUGCCUCCCAUCCAGCCUGCGCAGAAUUUCUAUGAGAACUUCUACCAACAGCAAGAGGGCAUCGACAUGGACCACGGCAUGGUGGGGGGUGCAGUUUCAGGGGACUAUGGCCAUUAUGAAGAGAUGCAGGACGAGGGGAGGGAGCACGUCUUCCCGGACCCGCCGCUGGAGCCCGACGACAUGCCCGAGGGAGGACCGGCCGCGAUGCCCAAACCGGCGGGCGGCAUCCCCGACUUCCUGCCGUCCGCCCAGAGGGCCCUGUACCUGCGCAUCCAGCAGAAGCAGCAGGAGGAGGAGGAGCGGGCCCGGAGGCUGGCCGAGAGCAACAAGCAGGAGCGGGACAACGAGGAAGGCGACACGGGCAACUGGUACUCCAGCGACGAGGACGAGGACGGCGGCAGCAGCGUCUCCUCCAUCCUGAAGACCCUGCGACAGCAGUCGUCCAGCAGGGCCCAGCCGGGCAGCGGGGAGCUGGGAGGCAGCCCGGGCCCGGCAUCUGCCGUGGGAGACCCCCGCUUGCAGAAGGGGGGCCUGCCCCCGGGCAGGCCCGCCGACCCCCGCCUCUCCAGGGACCCCCGGCUCUCCCGUGGCGGCGUUGACUGCCCGGGGGACACGGGCCCCAUGGACCCCCGGCUUGCCCGCCACGCUCCCUCCGCCCCCCGGCCCGAGCCCGCCGCGGCCCCACCCGCCGCAGCGGCCCUGGGCCCCGACGAGGAGGAAGGGGAGCGGGCGCUGAGGGAGAAGCCGGUGCCCAUCCCCCUGGACGCCCUGCCCGGCCACCCGCAGCGUGACCCACGCUCCCAGCUGCAGCAGUUCAGUCACAUCAAGAAGGCCGUGACGCUGGGCAAGCCCAGCUUCUCCCGGACGGUGCUGUGGAGCCCCGAGGACCUCAUCCCCCUGCCCAUCCCCAAGCAGGAGGCCGCCCCCGGGAGCGCCCUCGACCCCAGGCUCAACCGGGCUCCCCCCGCUGCCGCCCCCGGGCCUUCCGACCCCCGGCAACGCGGGGCGGCCCCCACGGGGGCCCCGGAGGCCGGCACCUCCCUGCCCGACUUCGAGCUGCUGUCUCGGAUCCUCAAGACGGUGAACGCAUCCGGCCCCUCGGCCCCCGGCCCCCCGGGCCCCGGCGACAAGCCGAGUGACCCCCGCACCCGCAAGGCCCCCGCCGACCCCCGGCUCCAGAAGCCGGCGGACGCGGCCUCCCGGGCCCCGGUGCCGGCCCCGGCCGGCGAGGCCCCCGCCCCCGCCAUCGCCCCCUACGACCCCCGCCUGCUGACCGCCGGUGGGGUGGGCAAGGGUGGCGGCCAGAGCAGCGUGCUCAGUGGCAUCAGCCUAUACGACCCCAGGACCCCCGGCCUGGGCAGCAAGGCGGCUGCGGAGCCCCCCGCCGAGGGAAGCGGCCCCCCGCCCAAGGCCCCAGAUGGCAGCGCCAAGAGCAGCGCCAAGCCCAAGGAGCCACCGUUCGUCCGCAGGUCAGCCCUGGACCAGCCAGAGGCCGAGAAGCCGGGCCCCGACUCGGCCACCGACCGCUACAACAGUUACAACAGGCCACGCCCCAAGGCCUCCGCCGCCUCCGCCGCAGGCACACCGCCCUCCACCCAGGAGGCCACCCCGCAGCCCGGCGUGCACAGCCUGCCCGUGCCCACCCUUUUCGGUCCCGUGAAGCAGGCCGCCAAGCCCGGCCCCGGAAGCCCAUUCGCGGGCAAUAGCCCCGCGCAGGAGGGCGAGCAGGACGCUGCUUCUCUGAAAGAGGUUUUUAAAGGCUUCGACCCCACCGCGUCCCCGUUCUGCCAGUAGCGUGACUAGGCACUUGGGUCUUCCGUGCCCACCAGGGCGGGGUUGGGAGCGGGCUGGGGGCUCCGGGCCACCCGGGCUGUUUUUAAAUCCGCACAACUCGCAGGUUCUGACCCGCCUGAGGAUGAAGGCCCUCGGUGCCCGGCAGCCUCGUCCCAGAAUCCCCUCGUCCCAUGCCCAGACACCGUGUGGGUUUCCGAUUUUUGUAGCCCAGCCUUCUGCCGCCUCGUGGCUGUGGGGGGGGACCCCGCCUCCUCCCUCCCCAGUCCGGUCAGCUCCUCCGGGCUCAUCCCGGAGGGUCGGAGCUGAGGGCUUCCGUCGGAGCAGCCGUAGGAGCCGUUGGGCAGUGGAAGUCAUCCGUCCGUCCACCCCCCGGGCCCAUGGCUGUGUUGUUAAGGGUGGGGGGGACGGGAGAAGUAUUGGGCUGGGUGGGGGAGAGGAGGGUCGAGGAGGGGGGCGCGGGGCGGGACAGCAGAGACCCCACCCCGGGGAAUACGGGUCUGUGGACCAGGCGGAGGCGCUGGCAGCUUCCCUGUCUGCUUCCUUUGCUUUCUUGGUUUUUCUCCUGUCAGUAUUAUGGCAGUAUUAGGGCAGCAUUGCAGCCGUUCCGUUCCCCCCCUCCUUCCCUCCCAUGCCCAGUCCCCUCUCUCUCUUCCCCUCCCUCCCGAAGACCAGUAGGAGCACUUCCAAGCCAUGAUGCACUGCACUGCCUGAUGGGGGGAGCCCUUCCCCCAACUUGGCCCACCCGUCACGGGGGCUGGCCGGGGGUUGCGGCAAGGGGUGUUGGAGCACAAGGACGUGGUAACCGGACCCGGGAGCCGGGGCUUUGGGCCUGGUCCUCCACCCCCCACCCUCCCUACUGCCCCCCAACCCGUCCCGGUGCCCCUGAGGGCCCCGCGGCCGCCCAAGGCACUCUUGUCUCGCUUCGGUUUUGGGCUUUCCCUCUUCCUCCUCCACUUAGGGGCUUGGGUUGGCUGUGCCCGCCCCGCCUUAGCCAAGGAUGUGGGGGGGUGCUGGCCCUUGGUGGCAUCACUAUGAAAUGGGCAUGGAACCUAGAGGGGCACGAGGAGUUGGGUGGCUGGAGCCCUCCACCCCCUCCUCCUCCCCGCGGCGCCCCGACCCCUCUGCAGAAACGGGCAAGAUCCAGCCUGUGCGGGUUGGUCCGAGUGCCCCGGGCCCGUGCCCCUGCUUGGAGAGGGUGCCGGUGUCGCCCUGGCACUCUGAUUCUUUUCUGGUUUUUUUUUUAAAUGCCUUCCCACCCCCAUGCCUCUUUUUUAUGUUUCUGUCCCUUCUACUUGAGAAUAAUGUUGAAACUUCCUCACUGCAGGUUCCCUGGAGUCCUGGGCCUGCCGACUUUUGGCUCCUUUCCCCCUGCCCCGCGGCCACAGCUGCGUCUGUGGGUGGUCCCUGAGCCCGUCCGUCCUUUGGGUCACGUUCCCCCACCCCAGCUGGCCGGGGGUCAUGGGGACAGGACCCGAGGGGGACGGGCGCACGGUCCGUUUUGUUUUUUAAGAUAAAAAAUCAUUCGUUCAAUUUUUCCGAUCCCCGGCAGAAGUUCGGGGCUAAGGGCUAAAGGCCAUACUCGGGCGUUUGCUGGCAUAACUGCAGGAGAUUGCGGGAGGGUUGGCUGUGGUCCCGUUAGCUUUUUUUUUUUUGUAAAAAAGAUAAUUUUUUAAAAAAGAAAAAAAAACCCAUGAGCAAAGUAAGUGGUGGCGGAGCCGGCACCCCGUGGGACCCCAGCUAUCGCCCCCCGCCCCCUCUUGCCCUUACCCUCUAGGCCAGCGCUUUUAAAAGUAAUGGUUCCAGAACCACAACUGUAAUAAAAGUGUAAAUACUAUUUCAGAGUUGAAGUUGAUGAUGCAAAUAUGUAUAUACUGUAUUGUAUUUUUACGAUGAUUUGUUGCAUGGCUUUCCUUUACACGGCGCCCCUCCCUCCCGGCUGUUUUUUGUUUGUUUUUUGGGGUUUUGUUUUUUUUUUUUUUUUGGUAACCCACGUCUUCCAAAAAAAAAAAAAUUUUCAUUUGCAUUUCUCCUGUGGUCUCUUCGAUCUACGAUAAUUGUAUUACUGCCAUUAAAGAUCGCGGUUAUUUUAAAGUGC